UUUAAACAUUGGUCACCAGUCAAUGUGAAGUAGUUGUGAAGAAAUACAGCAAGUGACAAAAUGUGGAUUUUCUUACUGACUCUUACUUUGUUUGUAAAUGGUUAUUAUGGCGAAAAUUUCGGUUUUUGCAAUUUUAAAAAUCCCAAUCCGAACAAAUGUUUGUUGAGCAGUAUCCAAAGUGCCGUAAAAAUGCUUAGACCAGGUAUGCCACAAUAUGGAAUGAAACCAUUGGAUCCGUUGCAUACUGAUAAACUAACUUUUGGUUCUGGAAAUGGUCCAGUACAACUCACACAGUAUUAUGACAAUAUUACUGUUACUGGACUUUCGGAUUCGAUAUUGAACAAGGCACAUUAUGACGAGGCAGAUGAUAUCGUUACUAUAUUGUUUUCGGCAACUUGUCCCCUUGCCACUCAAAUAGCACAUUAUCAUGCCAAAGGGCAGAUAUCGACGCUUCCCGUUUUUGGUGAUGGAGAAGCUAUAUUGAAACUUGUUAACCUACAAUUACUACUCGAAUUCAAAUGCAAGAAAGUCCAAAAGAGCGGCAAAACUCACUUGAAAAUCAAUUCGCUUUUUCUCAACAUGGUGCCUGAAAAGGUAACAAUGUAUUUCGGAAAUUUGUUCGACGGUAAUAAAUUAUUGGGCGAUAACAUAAAUAAAGUUCUUAAUGACGAAUGGCAAGCUAUGUGGACGGACGUCAAGUCGGAAGUUGAGAAAGGUUAUGGAAAAAUAUUUAGAGAUUAUGCACAAGUGUUUUUCGAUAAAGUACCAUCCGAUCAAAUAUUUAUAAAGAAUUGAUUUUUGUAUUAUUUUGUUAAUAUAUAUUUUUUUUUCUUUUGAUUUCAUUGAUGAUUCAAAAUGUUCCCUCUUUUCUAUUCACCACGUUUCUACAAAGAGUUUGCAAACUAUUUUGAGGUUUUUGGUCAAUAAAUCAUGAUAGCAC